AGAGGGUUGUACAAUAGUGUCGGUGGUCAGUCGCUCGCUAACGGAAGCUGGAGCAUUCAAACCCCUCUUCCGUUUUGUAUGUUCGCCUUAAAAAGCACUUUACCGGUCACGAUUUGCCCUCCCUGUUACAACAGAGUUGUGCAUAGAUCUAUCGCCUCCUUCGUCGUGCAGCUCGCCAAAGUCAACGCUGCGCAUUUUCACUCUGUUUGGUCAUCUUUUUUUUUCCUCUGCGCGUACGUGUUCUUGCGUGUGUGUUUGGCCCCCACAAUUUAUCGAUUUAAACGGAGGAAAUCUCAUUUUUUUUUCUCAUUUCUACAAUCUUAAUAUUUUAGGGUUUUCUUUAUUUUCGCCAACGUGUUGCAGGUUGCAGUUAAGAGCGUCUCAACAUUCCAAAUCGUCCCGCAUGUCGUUCUUCACUCUCCGUCGUUUUUGUGGCAGCCUGGCCCUCGGCUUUGUUGCCUCCCCGCUCUUCCGCGGCGUGGCGGUGGCGCUGUGCGAGUCCGCCUCUGGGCCGUCGGCGAGUAUUUCAGCCGAUGGGCAGAUUAACCACAUCUUCGAUAACGUGCCGGCGCCGACGAAAGAAGAGUUGGAGUACGUAAAGACGUGGGGCAUACCGUGGGUCGACGAGUGGGACCGGCCCGGAGCGCGUGGCAUUCGCUCUGAUCGUAGCACAGCGCACCUACGGCAGAUCAUCAUGAUUCGCCACGGACAGUAUGAGAAUGAGGCGACGGAAGAUGACAGCAUUCGCCGCUUGACUCCGCUAGGUGAGAAGCAGGCACGCGCCACCGGUGUGUACCUGCGCAAGCUGUUCGAGGAAAGUGAGAAGAAAAAGCAGCUGCUUGCGGUGUACACGGCUGCACGUGCAGCGUACCAGAAAGUGAAGAAGGAAGACGACGCCCCCGAGAAGGAAUCGGCAGCUCUGCAGAGGAUGAUGCAAGCGGAUCUCGCCGUUCGCGGAGCCGGUGGUAUCUUUGUGGACGGCGCGCCGCGCUUUGUUCAUGUGUCCAACAUGGUGCGUGCGCGGCAGACAGCCGAUCUCAUCCUGGAAGCGUUUCCAGCCGAGGUGCAGCGCGCGUUGGACGUGGAUCCGCAGCUGCAGGAGCGCUUCCCGUGUGAUGUGGAGCCGAAACGGGAAUUUCACGCGACCGUGGAGGACAUGAAGGCGGCGGAGGAGGUCUUUGAGCGGUACUUCCAUCGUCCCACGAGUGAUGAGUCGAGUGUGGAGAUUAUCGUGGGGCACGGCAAUGUUAUCCGCUACCUCACCAUGCGUGCCCUGCAGCUGCCCCCGGAGGCGUGGCUGCGCACCUCGCUGCCGCACUGCAGCGUGACCACCAUCACCAUACGUGGCACAGGUCAUGUGAGUCUAGUGGGCAUGGGAUCGUAUGGACACUUGCCGCCGGAGCUCGUCACAGCAGUGAAUCUACCGUGA